GCGGAGGAAGAGAGGUCACACCUCGGUUGAAGGCCGCGCAUUCAAAUCUCUGAGAAUCACAAACUGUCUCGACGAAUCAGUAAUCUCAAUUCAAGGCAAAUAGUCUUUCAAAUAUCCUGGAGUCGUCCAAAUAGUGUUAUUGUACUUGUGCCGCUUGACGAGAGGCGUUUGCGCCUUAAUGAACGGUUUUACGGUCGCAUGUGGUAGUUUCGGAUUUACCGGGCUUUCGUUGACGUUUUUUCAACUAUAAAAAGUGAAGAGAACACGUAAUCCACGAUCAGUUGCGUUCUUGAGUGCCGAUAUAUCAUCGUACCUGCCAUAAAUUUCUUCACAACGUUAACACGGGCGAAAAGACGAAAUGCUGCUGCACUAUUUCCUCCCCGUUUUUUUAUUUUGCUGCACUGGGUCAGUGCGCUGCAGUGACAACAUCGUGUUCCCCGAUCAGAUCGCCUCAAGGAGGAACACUGAGGCAGGAGUGAAAUUCAACGCUGAUGAUCCUGAUAGAUUUCACAGGACAAAUACAGUUGGGGGUAACACAUAUAAUGCGGGAAUAGAUGGUUCCAACUCGUGGAGAAACGAACAAUCGAGGGGUGUCGGUCAUCAUCAACAACCGAAUGAAGGGGGCUAUCGUUCUCCAGACUCUUGGCCUUUGCCAGGGACGCCCAGAAAAAUGAAGCCAGGCUUUCCCGAAUUACCCGGUUUCCCAGAGUUCCCGUCAAGUGGAAAUUCCCAAUCAAACGCAAAUGCCGAGAGCAAUUCUCAGGCGUCAAAUGGACGUGCAACUAGCAAUGCCCAAGCACACGCCCAAUCCCAAGGACCCAAUGGCCCAUCGAAUAUUGGACCCUAUCCCGGCUUCCCGAAUUACUCACAGCAGGCAAAUGCCGGGGGAAGUUCUCAGGCGUCGGACGGCUUCGCGAGCAGCAAUUCUAAUUCAAACUCGCAGACCCUGGGAUUCGGCGGUGGAGCUGCCAGUGCUUCGUCCGCAGCAUCGGCCACCACAGGAAUCGUCAAUGGUCGACCAGUGGCUGCUGCCGCCGCGAGUGCAGCGGCUGCGAGUGCAGGCGGCAUCGGAGUCGCCGGAACUGUCUCCGUUUCCUCAUCUUCUGCAUCAUCCUCGGGAAACUACGACAAAUCUCCCUGGUUCUACAGGAACCGCUCAGCCGCUGACGAUGCGAAUGACGCUCCCCUCACCGACACCCAAGAUAAAAUUAUUUUUCCCAACUGAGAGUGAUGUGUGUGCAUUGAAUUUUUCUUAACUCCAUUAAAAUAAUUUUUAAUAAAGAACAAAUGAGCUCAAGCUAACUCCGCAUCUGACAACUUAAUGAAAAAUAUUGAAUCUCAGCUGCGGGUGUAAACGACUUACGAAAGGUUUCACAUAAUCACCUGACAUCAAUCACUGUAAAUAACUGUUAAUUAAUUAUUCAUGAGAUGUAGAGUCGUUUUAAGAGUAAAGAAUUCAAUGAGGA